AUGGCGGUUUCUGCUUCUCUUUUUGUAGCAAACCAAUCCUUUUCUCCAUUCUUGAAGGCUCCUAGAACAUCAAACCCUUGUUCUACCAAACAGUUGUGUUUAAGAGCAUCUGUCAGUAACCCAGAAGAUUUCGAGGAAAGGAAAUGGAUAAAGAAAGAAGAAGAUGGCUGGAAAAUUGAUUUCUCAUCAGGAGAAAAACCACCAACGCCAUUGCUGGACACAAUCAAUUACCCUGUUCACAUGAACAACCUGGCCACAGAGGAUCUUGAACAAUUAGCAUCGGAAUUGAGAGCAGAGAUUGUGUAUAGUGUAGCAACGACAGGGGGGCAUCUUAGUUCAAGCUUAGGAGUAGUGGAGUUAGCAGUGGCGCUGCAUCAUGUGUUCAACUCCCCUGAAGACAAAAUCAUAUGGGAUGUUGGUCAUCAGGCAUACCCACAUAAAAUUCUAACAGGAAGAAGGUCUAAAAUGCAUACCAUAAGGAAAACUUCAGGUCUCGCAGGAUUUCCUAAAAGGGAUGAGAGUGUUUAUGAUGCUUUUGGUGCAGGACAUAGUUCUACAAGCAUCUCUGCUGGUCUCGGUAUGGCAGUUGCAAGAGACCUCUUAGGGAAUAGCAACCAUGUCAUUUCUGUAAUUGGAGAUGGAGCUAUGACAGCAGGACAAGCAUAUGAGGCCAUGAACAAUGCAGGAUUCCUUGAUUCUAAUCUAAUCAUUAUAUUGAAUGACAAUAAACAAGUAUCUUUACCAACUGCAACUCUUGAUGGUCCAGCAACCCCAGUUGGUGCCCUUAGUGGUGCUUUGACCAAGCUCCAAUCAAGCACCAAUUUUCGCAAACUUCGUGAAGCUGUAAAAAGCAUUACAAAGCAAAUUGGUGGGCAAACACAUCAAGUUGCUGCAAAGGUAGAUGAGUAUGCUAGAGGAAUGAUCAGUGCUUCUGGCUCUACUCUCUUUGAGGAGUUAGGAUUAUAUUAUAUUGGUCCAGUGGAUGGGCACAGCAUUGAAGACUUGGUGACCAUAUUGCGAAAUGUGAAAGCAAUGCCUGCGCCGGGACCAGUUCUGAUCCAUAUUGUUACUGAGAAAGGAAAGGGCUAUCCUCCAGCUGAGGCAGCAGCUGAUAAGAUGCAUGGAGUUGUCAAAUUUGACGUAAAAACAGGCCAGCAGUUUAAGCCGAAAUCCUCCACACUUUCAUAUACACAGUACUUUGCUGAAUCUCUGAUCAAAGAAGCUGAGGCAGACAACAAGAUUGUAGCCAUUCAUGCAGCAAUGGGUGGUGGAACAGGUCUCAAUUAUUUCCAGAAGAAGUUUCCAGAUCGCUGCUUUGAUGUGGGCAUUGCUGAGCAGCAUGCAAUUACAUUUGCAGCUGGUUUGGCCACUGAGGGUCUCAAGCCCUUCUGUGCCAUCUACUCAUCAUUCCUGCAACGAGGAUAUGAUCAGGUGGUACAUGAUGUAGAUCUUCAAAAGUUACCAGUACGCUUUGCCAUGGAUCGAGCUGGUUUGGUUGGAGCUGAUGGACCCACCCAUUGUGGAGCAUUUGAUAUCACAUACAUGGCUUGCUUGCCUAACAUGGUGGUCAUGGCUCCAUCUGAUGAAGCUGAGCUGAUGCACAUGGUUGCAACAGCAGCAGCCAUAGAUGACAGGCCCAGCUGCUUCAGGUUCCCAAGGGGCAAUGGGAUUGGAACAACUCUUCCUCCAAACAACAAAGGAACCCCACUGGAGAUUGGAAAAGGAAGAAUACUGAUGGAAGGCAAUAGAGUUGCAAUAUUGGGAUACGGUUCUAUAGUUCAGCAAUGUGCAGAAGCUGCAAGCAUGCUUAAAACCCAAGGCAUUUCUGUGACGGUAGCUGAUGCGAGAUUUUGCAAACCUCUGGAUACAAAUCUUAUCAGGCAAUUGGCUAAAGAGCAUGAGAUCCUAGUUACGGUGGAAGAAGGUUCUGUCGGAGGUUUUGGCUCCCAUGUAUCUCACUUCUUGAGCUUAACUGGUAUUCUCGACGGACCACUAAAGUUGAGAGCAAUGGUUCUUCCUGAUAGAUACAUCGACCAUGGAUCACCUCAAGAUCAAAUUCAAGAAGCAGGGCUCUCCGCAAAUCAUAUUGCAGCAACAGUCUCAUCUCUGCUGGGAAAGCCAAGAGAAGCUCUUCAGUUCAAAUGA